UUCUUUUCUCCAAACCAACUUCACCUGUCUGUCUCCCCCUCUCCAAUACCUUGCUUGCAUGACUCACCAACGACCCAUUCCAACCCUAACCCUACCUGUAAAUCCUCUCUCUAAAUUCUUUGUUUCCACUCUCAAUUCUCCUUCGGCUCUCAACUCUCAACCAUGUCGUUUUUGUCUCUCAUCUUCCUUUUUUCUCUCCUCAACCUCGCUCAAUCUCAGAGUCAAUCCCCCAGAGGUGUUUUCAUUGAUUGUGGCGCUACGGUUGCUUCCCUGAUUGACGGCCGGCAAUGGUUGCCUGACGCCACUUAUGUAUCCUCCGGGACCGCCAAAAACCUAACUGAUCCCAACGUUGCCCCUAUCCUAUCCACCGUCCGAUCUUUCCCUCUUCAAGGCAAUACUAAUAAGAAAUUCUGCUAUGUUGUUCCGGUGUUUCGUACUGGGAAGUACAUGGUGCGGACGACGUACUACUAUGGAGGAGUCAACGGCCGGGAUUCGCCUCCGGUAUUUGAUCAGAUUGUGGAUGGGACGUUGUGGGGUAUUGUAAAUACCACGGAUGAUUAUGCGAGAGGGUUGGUAUCGUACUAUGAGGGAGUUUUCGUUGCUGCAGGAAAGACAAUGAGCUUGUGUAUUGCUGCAAACACGAAUACGGACUCUGAUCCAUUUAUAUCGGCAUUGGAGUUUGUUCUGCUGGGAGAUUCACUUUACAAUUCGACGGAUUUUGGGCAAUAUGGUCUGAGCUUGGUUGCAAGACAUAGUUUCGGGCACAAUGGAUCAAUUAUCCGAUAUCCAGAUGAUCAAUUUGAUCGCUACUGGGAGCCAUUUGUGUUAAGUAAUCCUACCCUGGCAAGCUUCAGAAAUGUCCCUGUUUCUGAUUUCUGGAAUCUCCCCCCUGUGAAGGUUUUUGAAACAGAGCUGACAAGCAGCGGAAUGGAACCUAUAGAGUUUCAGUGGCCUCCAGCUUCCCUUCCAAACUCAACAUAUUACAUUGCUCUAUAUUUUGCAGAUGGUCGUAAUUCAUCGUCUAGGGUGUUUAACAUAAGCAUAAAUGGUAUAACAUAUUACCAUAAUCUGAGUGUAACUUCAGAUGGUGUUGCUGUCUUUGCAACCCAGUGGCUUCUUGGUGGUCUAACAAAUAUAAUAUUGACCCCUGCUGCUGGUUCAGACAUUGGUCCAUUGAUCAAUGCUGGAGAGGUUUUCAAUCUACUGCGUCUUGGUGGAAGAACUCUUACACGAGAUGUAAUUGCUCUAGAAAGUGUGAAGAAAAGUCUAGAAAACCCUCCACAUGAUUGGAAUGGUGAUCCUUGUUUUCCUAGUCAGUACUCAUGGACUGGAGUUACAUGUUCUGAAGGACCUCGGAUUCGUGUGGUUUCUUUAAACCUGUCAAAUAUGGGUCUUUCAGGAUCACUGUCACCUAGUGUUGCCAAUUUGACUGCGUUGACCAACAUCUGGCUUGGAAACAAUAGUUUGUCUGGAUCUAUUCCUGAUCUCAGUUCAUUAAAGAGACUGGAGAUACUGCAUUUGGAGGACAAUCAAUUUAUUGGAGAGAUACCAUCAUCUUUGGGGAACAUAGACAGUUUACAAGAACUUUUCUUACAAAAUAAUAAUCUGACUGGUCAAGUUCCAAAUAGCCUUACAGGAAAACCUGGACUGAACCUUAAGAUUUUUCCUGGGAAUAAUUUUUCAUCAUCACCACCUUCAGGAGCUUAAACAGUUUAUGCAUCCAAAGCUAUCACUCCCAGAAUCUGAAGUUCUAUGCUCAACUCUUGUAGUUCAACCAAAUAUGAGCCGGAAUUGUAUACCUGAGAUGGUUGUCCAAAUAGGAAUAUUAAUUCUUUCUUACACUCUGUACAUUGAAGCAUGCACUCAAAUUGUAUCAGUGGUUGUUCAUAUACAGCUUUUUUCCUUUUCUUUUCUAAUUGUAUAUGGAGACCUUUCUUUUGGUUUCGUUUUUGUACCAUGAGUAUAUCUGUAAUGUAUGUACUUGAAAUAAAAUGAUGAUAGAUUUUGUC